ACUUAUAAAACUAUUUAUUCAAAUUCAGGAAAUUCCAAUAGCUUGAUAUGCAAAUAUAUAAAGGCAAUAGCUUGCUCUUGUCAAAGAAACUUUCUGAAGAGUAUGUUCAUAUCUAUAUUUAAGUGGGGAUUAUGUACCAGAGUUUGUUCUCCUAAUAAGUUUGCAUUCCCUAUUGCCACAGAGCCUCUCCUGCCCUGUUUCUCUUUGUCAAACACAAAUCUGUUGAAUAUAUAACUUCUUUUCUAUUAGGACCAGAUCUUAAACUAAGAACAGAUGAAAAUGGUAUUGUAACUGGAAUAUUUUUUCAAGACUAUGAAAUGAAGCGAUUUUUUAGUUUAUAUCCAGAGUUACUUUUGGUUGAUGCAACUUAUAAACUUACUAAUUUGAGAAUGCCCUUAUACCUUCUUCUUGUAGUCGGACCAAAUGGCGAAAGCGAAAUUGCAGCUAUAUUUUUAACUGCAUCAGAAGACUGUGUUUCACUUUCAGCUAUGUUUGAAAUAUUCAAGGAAAAAAAUAUAAACUGGAGUAAGAUAUCAUCUGUUUUUACUUACAAAGACAUGACAGAGCAUGAAUGCAUUAAGCAUGCAUUUCCACAAAUUAAUUUAUUGUUGUGUAUAUUUCAUGUUUUGCGUUGUAUGAGCAGAGAAAUAACAACAUCAAAAAUGAAUAUAUCUGAAGCUCAAAGACUGGUUGCUUUAAAAGCUCUACAAAAAAUGACAUAUGCAACUACUGAGAAAGAGUAUAAGAAGUUGCGUGAUGAGUUUCACAAAGUUAUGCCACCACCUAUUGUUAAAUAUGUUGAAGUUAAUUGGCAUGCUUGUAGGUUCGAGUGGGUGCGUUGUUGGCAGCAACAAAAUAUUACUUUUGGAGAAUGCACUACUAAUCGUCUUGAAUCUAUCAAUCGAAGAAUUAAAGCUGUUGUUUCUUUGUUGAGUUCUUUACCUAUAUUUUUCAAAGAUUUGCUUACUGUUAUAGCCUGCAUGCGACAAGAAAGAGACCAUAAAUAUAUAACUAGUACAGAACGAGUUCCUGUUAGUGCAGUUGCAAGUUUUCAAUAUGAACGAGAUUAUAAAGAUAUACUAACACCGUUUGCUUUUUCUUUUGUUAAAUCUCAGCUUGAUGAAUCUGUCAGCAUAGAUUGGGACUUAGCAAAUGAAAUUAUACAAACUUCUGAAAAAAGUGAAACACGAUCUGAGAACACCUGCGAAUGUUUAUUUACAAAGUCGAUGGGUUUGCCAUGCAAACACAUGUUUGCAGCUAGAAGAGCAAAAAAAUUACAAAUGUUCUCUGAAAAUUGCAUUGCUCCUAGAUGGUUUAAGGAAACAGUGCAGAAAAAUCAUCGCGUUUUUCUAACAAAGGAGCAACAUGAUAGCCAUAUAAAAUUUGCUAAGCUAAAGGAUAAACCCUUGACCCACAUAAAAAAGUACCGUCGUGCUAAUCGACUUGUACAGCAUCUAUCUGAUUUAGCAGCAGAAGGUGGAUCAUCACAGUUUGAAUGUAGAAUGAGGGUCUUACAAAAUUUAGCAAGUAUUUGGGGUUCUAAUAAUGAAGCUAUGGUAACUUCAAUUCAACACCAUUUUGUUGAUUUUAAUAUACAAAACGGAUGUUCCAAGUUGGAAAUCGAAGAUGAUAUAUUUCGGUCUGAACUGCGUGAAAGAAAAUUUGAAAUGACAGAUUCAAGUGAGGAAGUUGUUGAAGUUGUUAAUGUUGAAAAAAAUGACAAAAGCAAUUUUGAUCCAAAUUCUAAAUUAAAUUGUUUUAUUUCCAAUUAUAGUUUGAAAGACCAGGUUGCAGUGGUGAAGUUGAAAGCAAUACAGUACAAAACUCUCUAG